CCCGGAAGAAGCCCGCUACUGCCGGGUACGGAGAUCCCGGCCCCUGUCCUUAUAUGGGCAGCCGGAAGCAGUUCGCGCGCUAUGCCCUACGUCACUGCUUCCAAAUUUAGUUGUGGAAGUCUCGCGGAGCCAGUGGCGGGAAGGCUCCGCGCGCCAGACGGCGGGGGCGGAGCCUCCCCUUAAAGGGCCCGCGCGCGCCACGAAUGAAUGGAGCUUUUCGACAAUUUUGCACUUUUUUUGGAGGAACUGGAAACAGGUUUUCUUGGAGCCUUAGCGCGUAGCGGAGGGUGGGGCUGCUGUUGUCUGUCUAUUUGCUCUAUCUCUGCGUUGCUCAAGUUUCCAGGUCCCACCCCAGUCACGCCUUCCGCGGCGCAGAGGCGGAGCACGGCCGCGUCGUCCGGGGGGUGGCAGCCACGUGUUCACGCGGACUGUCGUGCGGCCGGCUCCCCCGCCUUCCGAGCGCCAAGCCCACCCGUGGAGCUCGUGCCGAGGGGAACUGGGGGGACGCCCAGUGCUGAGCGCAGACGCCGCAGCCCGGGCCGCGCUCGUGUCUGCAGACAUCCGCCGCCCGUGGAGUGGGCCGCUUUGCCCUGGAGCCAGCCAGCGCCGCCCGCCUCCUCACCGCCCACAAACAAGGGGAGUGCGCCGGAGAGACGGCAGAGCUGGAGGCCCCGCUGGUCCCCUGUCACCGCAGUGGCCCACUUAUUCGUUUAGCAAAUACUGGACGAGUCACUCGACCUCGGUUUCCCCACCCGAGGAAAUCAGGUACAACUGUCCCUCCGCGGAGUGGAGGUGAGGGAUCAAGCAGGUAUUUAUGAAACGAAAGCCCGUAGCAGCGCCUGGCACGUAGUAAGCACAUUGUUAUUGAUUCAGAAAACAUUAAUUAGGCGCCUGGUGGAUGCUGGGAACCGUGCCCACGGGGGAUGUACCGGCUCCUACCCGGGUCUUCCCGGGUGCCCAGGGAAACCUGCCGCCUACGACCCGCUGGGGCCGCCAGAGGCAAGCACGUGGGCGGGCCCUGAGCGCCCCCGCGGCCCCCCUCCCCGGGGCCUGCGCGCGGGCGCAUUCGGGGACCCCGAGAAAGAAGACCACCCCGAGGGCUCAGCGUGGGCUGGGGCGCGCUCCUCCUCGCCGGCUCCGGUCCCUUUUCUCCGCUGGGUAAAUUCCACCCUGUCGCUUUAAGGAGGCCCCGGCCGCGGCGCGCUGGAAAGCCCGGAUGGGGCUCUCUGACUGGGCGGGGCGUCUCCGGCACUUCCCUCCGAGUAUAAAAGGCCCGGGUGGCGGGCGCCCGAGCAGAACGUCCGAGCGGUGUCCUAGCGUGGGUGGGCCCGCGGAGAAAGCGCGAGCGAGCGUGGCGUCCUGAGUGCACCUGCUCCCUGUCCUGCCCCGCCCCGGAGGCCCCGCCGCCGAGCCGCCAUGGAGGUGCAGAAGGAGGCGCAGCGCAUCAUGACCCUGUCGGUGUGGAAGAUGUACCACUCGCGCAUGCAGCGCGGUGGCCUGCGGCUGCACCGGAGCCUGCAGCUGUCGCUGGUCAUGCGCAGCGCCCGGGAGCUCUACCUCUCGGCCAAGGUGGAAGCCCACGAGCCCGGGGCGCCCUUGCCGCCCGCCCGCUCCCCUGACCCUCGCUUGCACCCGCGGGAAGCGGAAGCAGCAGCCGAGGCAGCGCCCCUCGACGGCGAGCAGUCCUCUCCGGAGCCCAUGGACACACAGGAGGCGCCGAGAGCCGAGGAGCCCCCCGCCCGCUGUGCCCCGCGCCCCGCCAAAGUCAGCCGCAAGCGGCGGAGCAGCAGCCUGAGCGACGGCGGGGACGCCGGACUGGUCCCGAGUAAGAAAGCGCGCCUAGAAGAGGGGGAGGAGGGGGCCUCUUCGGAGCUGCGAGAUCGCCUGCAGCCUCCGGCGCAAGCCGAGGGCGCCUUCCCCAACCUGGCGCGCGUCCUCCAGCGGCGCUUCUCCGGCCUCCUGAACUGCAGCCCCGCCGCCCCCCCGACGGCGCCGCCGGCGUGCGAGGCGAAGCCGGUCUGCCGCCCGGCGGACAGCAUGCUGAACGUGCUGGUGCGGGCCGUGGUGGCCUUCUGAGGGCCCCCGAGCGGCGCGAUCGGAGCCCAGAGCGCGGGCCGAACCGUCGGCCUGAGUGCGCGGACCCGAGGCGAGGCCAGCCCCCGGGGGAGCGCCCGCGGAAACCGUGGAGAGGAGCCGCUGCCGGGGCUGCCGAGAGCCCCGGAGAGGGACUCUGCCCCCGGGAGCCGUCGCCAGGUGCGAGCAGCGGCGGCGCCGAGGAGCCUGAGCCGGGGGCGCGGGCGCCUUCCGCCAAGACCGGGCGCGCCCACAGGUGCUGUCUGAACGGACUGGGCCGUGGCCCUUUCUCUCUCCUGGGACUGGGAGAAGGGAGGCUUGGUUCUUUCCACUUCUCAGGGUCGGACUUGACUUUUUCACUGGGGGCUGCGCUGCCCUUUCAAGGUUUUUCGGUAGUUGGUGUCGGCGUUUCCAACCUCAGAGAAUUCCAGGUCCGCCCCUCCCCCUCUAGUGACAUACUUGUGCAAGCGGUCAUUGUUGCGUCAUGGGCCAGACGUGGAGCGCUUCCUGUUGGCCUUGCGUGGGUGUGGGCCCUGGGAGGAGGGUCUGGGGUGUGCACCGCCCUGGGGAAUGGGAGGAGGGCGGCCUGAGUCACUUCGCCCCCGCGUGCUGCGGGUUAGUGCCCCGCGCCCCUGCGCCUUCGAGUGGGGCUGGGGCCUGAUCUAAUUUCAGGUUAAAGUUUUCUCAUCUGGUGCGUUACAAGUGGGAAUAUGGUCACAGUCUCCAGCAUGACCUUCCUUCAGACACGCCGAUCCAAUCGACCCAGACGUUCCUGGUGUGAAUCACAAAAAGGGGGGAGGGGGUGUUCAGGGCGCUAUAAGGCUGAGCCGGGACCAGUUGCUGGUUGGACUGGGCCAGUAUGGGGAGGGGGAGAUUCUCGCCAGGGCGUUCCGAGGGUCUGUUUACUUGUUUACUGUGGUGUCUUCUGUUUAACUCCGUCUAUCUGGCCCUUUGCUAGAAACGCCAGAUAGAAAAAUAAAGACCAUUUGGAUAAAAACUCUGCUGCCCGUCUGGUUUUCUUCCCUGGCGGG